UCCGUUUCGUAACCCUGCUCGCCCAGCCGCACACGACGCUCGCAUCAAAGCCUCGCCGCCGCCGCCGCCAUGAGAGGCCCCAACCGCCGCCGCCCGGGAGCCUCCACCUCGUCCGCCAUCGCAUCUGGCAAGCGCGACACCGAGGAAGACUCGGCCAGAGCCUCCGAGGAGUCGGGCGACGACGAGGAGGUCUCCUCGUCGUCGGGGUCGGAGUUCGGCUCAGAGAGCGACGGCGAGGAUGCGGAGCGGGAGCGGGAGCUGGAGCGCGCGCUUGCCGACGUGCCCUUCGGAGAGCUGCAGCGCGCGAGGGCCGACGGGUCGCUCGCCGCGCGGGCUGCCUCUGCGGCCAAAGCAGCCGCGGAGAAGAAGGCUUGCAGGGCUAGCAAGAAGAGGCCGAUGGAGAUAAGCACAAAAGUGCGGCCACCGAAGCUCAGGGAGGUGAUCCAGGUUCCCAAGAAGGUUGUAAGGGAUCCAAGAUUUGAACCUGUAUAUGGAUCUGUUGACAAAGAAGGGUUCAGGAAAAGAUACAAUUUCUUAUUUGAUGAAAACUUCCCUGCUGAAAAAGAGAGACUUCAAAAAAUGAUUAAAAAAUCAAAGGACCCAAAUGCCAUUGAAGAAAUGAAGAGUCGUAUCACAUGGAUCGAUAAACAGGUGAAGUCACAUUCUCAAAAGAAUGUUGAAUCAGAGAUCCUGCGUGAACAUAUUAAGAAAGAGAGGGAAGCAGCAAAGGCCGGAAAGCGACCAUAUUAUCUGAAGAAAUCUGAACUUCGUGAAAGGAAGUUGAUGAAUAAGUACAAUGAGCUCAAGGAGGCAGGAAAGCUUGAUGCCUUCAUGGAGAGGCGGCGGAAGAAGAAUGCUUCUAAAGAUCAUCGGUUUAUGCCAUACCGGAGGAACGGGGACGGUGCAUGAUAAUGUCUCGAGAGGCGAAUGGGUGAUGCUAGGAUGGUCUUUUUAAUGCUCACUGAGUAGUUAGUGUGCACUUACUUUGUUACCCUAGUGGCCUAGUCCACAAUUUAAGUGAGCUCUGGUUGGUAAUAGUAACAAAUUUUGCUAAACCAAAUUAUGAAUGCAAUAUUUCGUUUUGCACAA